GACAUCACCACCACACGGCGGAGCUGUGGGGCCAAAAUGAAACAGGAAACGCGCAGAAGAAGACGCACCUGGAGACCCCAAACAAUCUCAUGUGAUAUUCCCACCAACUAGCGUUUGUUUUGCUCUGGGAAAACCUUAAAUUCCCGAACUAUCCAUCGUCCAAACAUUGCUCUCCCUCGGGUUUUCCUCUCGCCGGGUCAGCUGCGGACGGCUCCCAGCGCACCUCAUGGAGACCUCCGCCAGACGCGUCCAGAUGUACACCCAGGACGAGAGGCGCGUCAUAGAGGAGGCGGUCAACACUGCGAUACGCGCCCUGCUGGACGCCAUCCACCGCGUCAACAGCGAUAAAAUAGUCAAGUACCAGAGUGUCGUGGAGGAGAGGGACAAGGAGAUCAGUCGGCUGGAGUACAAAUUGAGACAGAAUGAGCUGGAACUGAGGGUCGUGCGGGGACAGAGGGAUGGGUACCGAAGGCGGGCUCUUGAAGGGCAGGGUCCCAGUGAUGAAGAACAUGAUGAGGUCCCUGCUGGAGAGGAUGCGAUGACGAAUGGCUUUACCGUGCAGAAGGAUUUCCCUAGUGGUUCAGCAGAGAGACCUCCGUCGCUCUCCAGUGGUGACGACCCCCACCACACCGGCCAGCCCUCGCCGCACCACCGACACAGAGUCCCCCGGGACGCCUCCUCCUGCCCCCCCCUCUCCCCCGGGCGCCGCCACUCGCCCCGCCCCCCCGGCGCGCGGGGCAAAGACGAGGAGGAGGAGGAGCCGUCGGGCUGCGAGGCGUUCUUCAUCAAGCUGGAGAUGUGUGAGCAGAGCUGUGGGAGUGGCCAACAGGACGACAGGCAGCAGCCGGACUGCCCCGACCACAGCCCCGACCACAGCAGACGGCUGACGGACGCUCAGAGGAACAAGCGGUACCGCCAGCGGUGUCGCUCCACCCCCGAGGGCCUUCGGGCCUGCAGGGAGAAGGAGAGGAUACGCUACCUGAAGAGGAGGGUACUGGUGGCAGAGAUGUCGGAGGAAGCCCGGAGGAGAAAGAGGGAGAUGUGGAGAGCGGCAGCCAGAAGGCACCGCGACCGCAAUACCAUGCGGCCUGCCGCCCCACUGCCCGCCAGCAGGGGGCGACAACGACGACCGCUUCGACGACUGGCCGGCGCUGGGCGACGCGGAGAGUCCGACGCGAGAGGAGCUGGACCACUUCACGCGCAUGGAUCACCGACAGCAUCCCAGCAACCCUGAUGUCUGAUGAUGAGACGAGGGGUGUCUGAGUCAUGCUGCUUCAGUAAAGCUUUGUGUAGAAGUCAGCAAAAAAGUUUAUUUAGAAACGUUGACUAAUUUCUGCCCCCGCAAUGGAAUCGCUGACAAGAUAUCAAUAUUUAGCUUCGUAAUCUUUAGCUUCGUUUUUAUUUAAAAUGUUUUUGUGAUGGGCCCCCAAUCAUCCCGCAGCAUUGAGUUAAUGUAUGCCUAUCUAUAUGACUUUGCCUAUUCUGUUUUCUACACUGGAUGUGGAGGCAAAUCAUAAAUUAAAAACGUUUGCAAAAGUGGAAUCAUUUGCACGUAAACGGUAUAGAGAAUAUCAAACGGGAUACUACAUAUAUUUUUGGACCCUGUAUUUGUAUAGACAGGCGCCACGUGAAACGAGGUGGAGCUUAGCCUGUGUGUGUGAACGUGUGAACCAAACCAUAGCCCACCACCUCUCAUAAGCCCCUGGCUCCACACGGCGUGCAUGAGGCUAGAGGAAGAAGAGAGUUGGUGUUUCGUAGCACUGUGGGCGGCCUGCGGCACAUCGGGGCCCCCUGAUGCGAUGACUCGGAGCAGGUUUUGCCAAGUGUUUCUUGUACGUCCAAGCCGGAAGGACCUCAGGUAAGGUCUACUGACUUACGAUCUGCCACUGUUUGUUUUGAACGCUUAACUAUCGUCUGCCGAAGUGAAUAAAACAAAUGCCUUUAUACUUCAGUCUGACUCCCUGCUUUGUGUCUGAUGUACUGAUGUUGCAUAAUGUGAGAGACUUUAGAGAGAGAGGAUGUUACUUUGUGCGCCUCGCUUCCAUCUCACCACAUCCUUCUGAUCGCUGCAGGAGGUAAAGGGUUCGAUGCGCGGACACACCGCACGACAACAUGAUAACGAGAUAUCUGAGAUAACAUUGUACGGUGCUUUUUCGUACUGUUUCAAGUGAUUUUCCCACAGUGAAAGCCUGUGUGUUCUUUUUUUAAGAGGCCUACAAUUUGUAUGUCUCUCUCUCUCUCUCUAUAUAUAUAUAUAUAUACAUAAUAUAUAUAUAUAUGCAUAAUA